AUGUGUUUCAUGGAGGUACAAAUCCCGAACUGCCUCUUUUGUGGUGCCGUUGGUGUACCUGACAUCUGGGUGCUUGGCUGUCCCUUCGGCUUGACCAGGGAAGAUUGCAACAUGACUUUCCAGACUGUCGUUAAUGUUACUAGGGAUCAUCCUACUUGUGUCUCGCUUGACCAGCUCUGCCGCGAGGUUCGCUUGGGUAUUGCUCCUAGCGAGGCUGUUGACGACGCUCUUGGUUCCCCUUCCUAUACUGUUCCAGUCCAGACACCAACAACUGAGCGCUCUUUGCCGGCUGGCUGGACCGCUACCGCUGUCAACACUGACAUUCCUUCUGAAGCUCUGGUUUUGGCUACUCAGCACCGUGAUGAUAUAGUCCGCAUGAUGGAGGAUCUUGUUCCGACCAUCCAGUCACUCAACGCCACUGUUGCACCUCUUGAUGCUCGCCUCCGUGUCGUCAUUGAGUGGUGUGAAGGUUACAUGGCAGGUAUGAUCGUUCUCGCAAACACCUACAUCGCCAACAUCCAAUGCGCCGAGUUCGAAAUCGCCAACAACACUGCUUGGUCUGAUCAAGCGCAGAUGGACAUUGCCAUCAUCGUCGAUGGUAUAAUCAACCAGUUGAGUCCUUUUGAAGGUGCAUUCAUCUGGCACAGAAGAUUGACUGACUUGUUUGUUCAUUUGAGACGUAUUGCUGGUGAGUUGUCUCCUCCGAGACCUGCUGGUGAUGAGGUUACUCCUAUCAGAAGAAGACGUGGUGCUGUGACUGGUUUGGAUGAUCUCGCUGAUGACCACUCUGACUUCUUGCCCGCUCCUGAGUUCUACCUUCCUGAAGAUGCUUUUCCUGAUGAUGGUGAGCCUAUGGAACCGGCUUGGGAUGAGUUUGACUCCUAA